AUGCUCGUCACCAAACACGCUGCAGAGCUCUGCGCUCUCCUCGUCAACGAUCUCUUUGGCGAACUCCCAUCACGCAUUUUGGUUGCGCUCCUCACCAAGGGUCGAUGCACACUCGCACAACUGGUUCAACAUGUAUCACUUGGACCGCGGCAUCUCCGGAACGGCCUUGGUGUUUUGAUCCAACAAAAUCUCCUCUACCACUAUACUGACCCGGAUACGAGGGGAACCAGUUAUGAAGCCAACUCGAAUGCCUGCUACAACCUCGUGCGAUCUGGCAAAAUUCUCGAAGUCGUCAAUGGUCAAUAUGGCAGAGCUGAGAGAGACCUGGUUCAGACACUGAUGCAACUGGGUUACGCUAGAGUAGCCGACCUUGCACAUGCGUUUACGUCUCGAGCUCACAAGACCAAUGGGCAUACGAACGGAUCACACGAAUCAUCGUCUGGUUUAAUCGAAUCUAGAGAUCAUUUAAACUCGGCCCUGUCACGAUUGAUACAGGCAGAAAUCUUGGAAACCGUUCGCCCCGAUUCCUUUCGCAACCCGGCCGAGGUAUACCGGGAAAUUGAGGCCGAUGUUACAAAGACAGCGCCUGGGGAAAAGGCUAGCAAGAACAAGAUUGAACAGCACAUGCAGAUUGUGGACCGCUUCAAGACAUUCCGUGAUCAAAGCAAGGCCCUCAAAAGACAGCUAGAUCAAACUGCCGGACCUUCUUCAAAGAGAAGAAGGCUUCAAAAUGGCUCAAUUCAUGGGGAUCCCUUUAGUAACGAUGUUGGUUUGAAUCCCAACGUUGUGGUUCGUGUCAACCACGAAAAGUGUCUGGUUGAGCUUCGCAAUCAAAGACUAGCCGAUUUCGCAGCAGAUGUUCUUGGCGAGACCACAGGCCACGUGUACCGCUCUUUGCUCGACUUACUCACUGCAAAGGUCUCCAGAUGUCGAGCAGACCCUUUGGUUGGUGAAGAGAACAAAGGCCCGCAGCCCAGCGUCACUACACUGCAAGUAUUCGAAAACUUGAGCGACGAGUUGAGGGUUCUUGGUGGUAUCGGCAAGACCCCAAAAGACAAAAUAGACUUUGACAGUGCCGAGAAGAUCAGACCGGGACCCUAUGCGUAUGACAGCGAUUCGGAUGAGGAAGAAGAGCAGCUAGAGGUUGAGGCUGCGCCUGCGCCUGUCCCUCGUGGGCGGUUGGCCAGAGCAGCUGCAGCAGCGGCGGCGGCGGCGGCGGCAGCGUCAAUCAAGGAGAUCGAGGACGAGGGAUCCGAGGACGACAUUGACGUCGAGGGCAACCACACACAAGCCAAUGGCGAGAGGUCAACAAGGGUCAAAUUCGAGGACGGGACUACAGCGAAAGACAGCCGUCUGGACCAGAUGCGCCAACAUCUUCUGGUGCUGGCCGAGAGCAAGCAUCGGUUUGUGCGACAUUGCGGAACUCAGGGCCGCGGCCAGUGGACAGUGGACUUUGACAUGUUGAUGGACCGGCUCCGUGAGACGGAGCUCGAUGCGUACAUUGAGCAGUCGUUUGGGCGUCACGGCCUUCGCUUGACACGAAUUCUGCGGGAGAAGGGGAAACUGGACGAGAAGAUGCUCCCGUCAGCUGCGCUCAUGAAGAAAGGAGACGUGCAAGGGAAAAUGCUCGCGAUGCAAAUGGCGGGGUUGGUGGAUGUCCAGGAGGUGCCUAGGGACAACAGCAGACUGGCGAACCGAACGCUGUUUUUCUGGUUUUUCGACGGCGAAAGAGUUCAGUCGCAACUGCUGGAUGACGUCUACAAAGCCAUGUUGCGAUGCCUGCAAACGUUGGACGUGGAGCGGCAUAGAGAGCGCAACAUUCUCGCGUUUGUGGAACGAAAGGACGUGAAGGGCAAGGAGGAGGAGGUAAUGACGGCAGAGCAUUACAACAACUACAACCGACAUCUGGAAGGGCAGCAAAAACUACUCGGCCAGGUGUUGCGGCUAGACGACAUGGUGGCAGUUUUUAGGGAUUACUAG